AUGAGAUGGACGUUAGAUACAACAAGGAUAUGGGAAUACCUUGCUUUUGGUGUUGUGCCUAUUGUGAUCGCUGAUGGUAUUAUUGAGCCAUUUGAAGAUGAUGUGGAUUGGGAUGAAUUUAUUGUACGUGUAAGAAGAAAAGAUGCGCAUAGACUUAAUGAAAUAAUAACUAACAUACCUGAUUCAGAAUAUAAACGGAAACAAGAAAUUGUAUGGAAAAUUGGUAAAACUUUAACGUUAGGACCAUUUACAUGGCAUUAUAUAGCCAGAAAAUAG